ACGUCAGUUUCGCCCCCGUUAAAAGACACACAGAAGUUUAUAGUGGUUAUGGGUGUUAGGCCAUAUAUUUAUUAAAAAUUUAUAUAUUUUUAAAGUACAUUUAUUAUAAAUAAAAGAAAGUUGUGUAUUGUGGACCCAUGGAUACGGCCAAUGGCCAGAAGCCUCUCAGUGGACAAUUGUCCACUGGAGGAGGCACUGGCAUGGAUAAAAACAAAGAAUGGCAAAUGGAAUUACUUAUGGAGAAACUGAGAUCUAAAUCAUCAGCAUUUAAAAGUCUGGUUGAAACGGCUAAAAAUCUGCGUAUGGCGAUGCUGGAUAAGAGAUUUGUAAUUGAUAGUGUUGAGAAAAGUCAGUUGCAAAAAUGUUUGGACACUUUACAACAUUCUAUAAAAGUUACAUCACUUCAGUCAAUGGUAGAAAGACUGGAAAGUCUUUCAAGACAACUUGGUUUAAAAUUCAUGAUGUCCGGGCCCUCAGGAACAGAACUCUUCAUAUCAUCCGACAUGUUCUACCUAGAAGUCCUCAUCGAGCCUUCAGGUAUCGUCAAAGACGUCAAAAUCCACCACGAAGGUAAAACCGAACAGCAAAGUUGCGAAGAACUAGUGUCCUGUUUAUCCCGCGGCGACUUUGUCGAUUUCACCGCCCAGUUAGAAGGACUGGCAUCAAUCUAUCAGUUGAACGCCGACAAAAAAGUCAAGUGCAAAGCCUUCAGUGCGCUGCAGUCUCUGGAAGCAGACCUCGGCGGUCUAGCCCAGUUGCAAACUUUCAUAAAAGAAUCAUUCAACAUCGUCCACAAAAGUCCCGUCGGCAUAUUGGAGCGCCGCAAAGGCGGUCACCCCAUGAAACUGACUUACUUCGUAUCCCCAUACGAUCUAAUAGACCCAGAAAAUCGGACCAUCGAACCACUGAGCCCCGAGACGGUGAUAGCCCGCAAAAUAGGACAUUACGUCACAGUAUGCCUCGAAAGUUCAACGUCCCACAAAUUACCAACGACCAGUAUCCUGACCGUCAAUCGCACGUCGUCAGGAAAAAAUUCUCCAUCAUACGCACCGCUGACCAGUUCAAAUUCCUCAUUACUGACCGCAUGUUUUGUCUUAAAAUUACCAAAAAAAAUGCCAGUCUGCCUGGAACUGAUAAACCGAAUCCAAAAAAUAACCGAGAUGGAGUGCACUGACGUGUCAUCACCGCAGCCACUGCUGAGUCUAAUUGUCCAGCAUGCAAGCGAUGGGCAAUUGGACUGUCGCAAUAACCGCGGUCUGUACGUGACAUUACCAGAUCAGCAGCACUGUUAUUUUAUGACCGAGACGAAAAGUAUGAAGGGUGUUCUGGUCGGCAGCAUUCCGUUCACUCAUCCAGCGCACGUACCACAAAUCCUAUCAAGUCUACGUCAGCAGGCGUUAUUCAAUACCUUGAUAACGAGCUGCGUUCGUGCUAUGGCGCGUCAUGAAUUAGAACAGACGACAAUCAUCGAAGUAAGUGCGCUGUCAUGGCAGCACGUGUCUGUAAGUCUCGAGCAUCCGUUCGAAGAGACUCUGGCUACGGCGGAGUUGGAUCUGACGGACAUAUCAGCCCUGAAAUGUAAACUGUACGGUGUCAGCAUGACCAAUACCGAGCAAACUUCCGAAAUAGUUAGCAAAGUAUUACAGAGGUGCCUUAGUAUCCCAGUGACGAUGCGCGCGUUGAUUAAAAUAUGGGAGGGUCGGAAUACUUUACCCAAAGGUAUCGCGUCGAGUAACAACGGAGGCAAUGGCAGCAGUGGGAACAGUAAUCCUGGUAACGGAAUGACAAAUGGCGGUAAUUACAACGUCAAUUUGUCACGCGAGAACGGACAUGACGGUUCGAUUAUUUCGGACUUUACAAAUGGAGAUAAAAUAAAAACCGAGCCCAAUUGCAAUGGCAAUGGCAGCAAUGGAUUGAAUAGACAGAAUGUAACAAUGUCGUUGUCGUCGUCGUCGUCGGCUUCGUCAACGUCAUCACAAUCAUCAUCAACAUCACAGCAGCAGUCUUUUUUAGAUGCCGGAACGGAGAAUAGUAUCGGGUUCCCGUCGUUUUCCGGCCAAUCCGAUACAUCGGUUACAUUGAAUCCAUUGAAAUUAAGCGCGUUGUUGAAUCAGCAGGCUAAGACAACGAUAACGUCACCAGGUACUGCCACGACGACAUUAUCUACAUCAGCUUUAACGUCAACCCCAUCAGUGUCGGUGACAGCCUCAAUAACGUCGCCCGUUGAACGUAAAAAAACACGGAAGCGCAAAACAGCUGAUGGCAUCUGGCGCAGUCCGAAAAAUAAAAAUGAUAACAAUAAUGACAGCAAUGAAAUACUGGUUGAAAGUUCGAGUUCUGAUUCUACUCCGCUCGGAACACCAACCUCGCGGGAUAACGCCAACGGGACGCGCACGCCGACACCAACGUCGGCUGUCAAUCUCGUCACUGGUCUAGAUCUUUCGAGUCUUGAUACUGAUAUCGCUGCUGCUGCUGGGGGUAGUGGUGGAGAUACCAGAAGCUCCACGGAUUAUGAUAUUGAAAAUGAAACGGAUGUCAUGGAAGUGGUCCAUGAUUUGCCGGAUGACUACAACGAAGUAAUGAAACGCGAACGCAAGUCGCGGAAAAGUCGCGAUGACAAGAAAAGUCCAAACAUUUUUGUUGAUGAAAAUAACAAAAGUACUUUGGUACCACCGUCAGUCAGUAUUACGCCGAUAUCGAGUGCCAGUGGGACUAGUGGUGCUGGUAGUGCUGGUGGCAACAGCAGUAAUUCAGGUAACACUGGGAGUAACAACAGCAGCAUCGUCCAGCAAACACCGAAUUACAAUUCCGUACUGACGGGUAUGGGUUUGGAUCGUCGGCCUGGUAUUGAAAUAAUUCCGAUAUCAUCAUCGACUCAAGCGAACUUGCCGAGUUCGAUAACAAUCACGCCGAUCACCGGCGCGACGAUAAAACCGAUACCUAGUGACGAGAGACGCGAUCGCAAGAGCAAUAAGACGUCUGAUGACAAAACGCGGAUGGAUAAAAAACGAAAGCGUAAAAGAGACGACAGUCCGAUGGGUCCACCGGAUAAAUUGCCGCAUAAACAGUCGCAGGAUCCACUGUCGAAGCCUGUGUCCGUCAGUAUCAAGCCAACGGAAUCCCAGUCUGCGGGUGGUAGCAGCAGUGGUGGGAAUGGCAGCGGAAGUGGAUCUCGUCCGUCAUCACCGGCAACUACUCUGCGUAAAUUAAAUCCGUCACCAACGCACACAAGUCCUCUGGCACUUGUUGGCAAGUCAUCGCCGACAUUGAGACAGUCGUCGUCUAUUUCUGGGACCGGUACAUCAGCUGCUGUCAGCACGACCACCAGCAAAUCAAUGCCGAGUCCUAAACAUUCUCCUGUUUACAACAGUCCGAAACAUUCUUCCACUGGUAUUCCAGUUAACGUAAGUCCUAAACAUGGAACUUCGUCACCAAAGCAUGGAAGCACCACCAGCUCAGGCAAACCCAGCAUGUCUGCUUUGAAAUCAGCAGCCAACAAUUCGCCGACUUGCGGCAACAAAAACAGCGACUCCAGUUCAUCUAAAUCGAAGUCAUCGAGUAAAGAAACGCGUGACAAAGACAAAGACCGCAAGAAUUCAUCAUCAACGUCAUCAGCAUCUGGAUCAGGUUCUUCAGCAUCAACGUCAGCAACAACCGGACUCACUUUUACUGGCAAUUCUGGCCAAAGUCCUAAGACGAAGUCCAGUAAAUUAAAAUCUGUUGAAUUAUUACCUAACGCUGGAGAACCACCGCCUGCUACAUCCGGUGGCAGCACUCCGCCGUCUGGUAGUGGGGGCGGAGCUGGCAGCAGUGGCGCUGGCACUGAUGUCAGUAAAUCUGCUCAGCAAGCGAGGAAUCGCAAGGGUUCGCUCAGUGCUGUGAUUGAUAAAUUAAAAAAUAAUGCGCAGCAUGUCACUGAUGACCCUGGUAAUAAUGGCAGCGGUGGCAGUGGCAGCAGCAGCGGAAGUGGUGGCGGGAGCAAAACACCGGGGUCAAGUGAAUCGGGACAGAAAGAACGACCUGGUACAUCAUCAGCAAAAGGCGAAGGCAAAAGCGCUGGCAAAAGUAGUCCAGUUGACGCCAAAAAUUCAACUGAGUACAUGGUCAAGCACAGCUCCGAUGGUAUGAAAAUAACGAUAAAUAAAACGCGCGCUAAAGAUUCCAAGACAGGAAACAUGAAAGUGUCGUCUAGUGUAGGAGUUGGAUCAGCUGGAUCUUCUGCAGUCUCUUCAUCUUCAUCAGCACCAUCAGCAUCCUCAUCAUCAUCAGGCAACGGGUCACCCAAAACACACACGGGAUUGAAACCUGGUGUAAAUUCGGGACCAGCGUCGAAAAAACCCCAGUCGCAGUCAUCAUCGAAAGCUUCUGGGCAGCAGAGUUUGAAUGUCGGGAAUAAAAUGAGCGCGUCGGGUCAAAGAACGUCAAUUAAAUCUGGAUCUGGGUCUAGUUCCAGUGUCUUGACUAAAAGCAACACGAAAGCAUCAACUGGUUCUCCGAAGAUGUCAAGUUCAGGUGCUACGGACUUAAGCAGACGCGAUAAACCAGCGCGCAUUCCUAAGUCCAGUGAUAAAAGCAGCUCUAGCUCCGGAACCGGAACAACUGGAUCCAGUGGGAGUAAUUUAUUUAGCGUUAAAUCGGACGUCAGAAAAGCCAGUCCGUCCCCAUUGAGAGAAGAAAGUGAAAGUGAACGCGCAUUUAAAAUUCUUGCCGCGCACACGUCAAUGACAAGUGUUUCAAAUUACCCGCCACUUGUUGAAGGUCUUAUGAAACAACUUGACACUAAUUUUCAAAUUCCAAAAUUAUCUGCGCGCGCCAAUGCCUCCAGUGAGUCGGAUAAAAAGUCAUCUGACAAAUUGACAUCCGUAGGAAUUGUCGCUGAUCAAACUAGUAGUAAGGAUUCGUUGUCAUCAAAAGAUCAGAAAAAUUUGACAGCAUCCAGUAAUCAAAAAUCGUCAUCAGAUAUUUUGGAUUCAAAUUCCAUAAGACGUGACAUCGUCCAAGCAAAGCCAGACAAUUUAUCAACAACAGCACUGCCGAUGUUGAAUUUGACCGCCGCGAUGGAUCCAUCGCUGAUUUUACCAUCGUCUUCAUCAUCAACAGCAAUCAGUAGCGCACAUGAAGACACGCCGACAAAUUUGUCAAUGCAGUCAUCAGACAACGACGCGCGUGAUUGCAAAGAUUUAUCGAUCACUCGAUCCAGCUCUCAAUUUAUAAAAACCCUGCCGUCAAUCGCCGGCCCUGGUUCUGUUACUGAAGACUCUGCUAUAAGUGUCGAUACCACGGACUCCAAGUCGACAUUUCCGUCAAUAAAUUCGAGUACCGCUGCCACGAGCUCGGAAAGUCUGAACUUGUGCACAAAACCAGCAGAUGUUGCUCUGAAUAAAUACAAUAAAUUGGACGAGCGCAAAGUCAUUGACAGCAAGACUAGUGGGAGAACGUCAACGCCACCUUUGACGUCAUCGAGCGCAGCGGGUGUUGAUGUCACGAACGUGAAAGCUGGAGGUCAGCUAGAAGUCGGGGAAAUGCUGCUGGAUUUUUCUACACCUAAAGAUAUCAGUAAAAUAACGAACGUUCCAGGUAUUGCUGAUAGAUCGAUUAAUUUACAAUCAGUUUCGGUUUGUAGGAAUACGCCGCCACCCCCGCCUCCACCUCCGCCACCACCACCACCUGCCUUCCCACCCAGUCCUUCGGUUAGUGUUCAUAUUGUUAAGAGUCCGGCACCUUCUCCGAGAGUUAUUCCUCCGUCUCCUCACUCUGUUCCCUCUCCUUGUAUUACUGAUGAUGAACUCAUGGAUGAGGCUCUUAUGGGUUUGGGUAAAUGAUUACUAAAUGCACUGCGUUGUUGGUUUAUUUAUAAAAUCAGUAACACGCAGGCAGUAGGCAGAUUAUUUAUAUAACAAUUAUUAUUAUUAUUACUAUAGAUAAUUAUUUUUUAAUUAAUUAAUAUUUGACGUACGUACACAGGAAAAAAUAAUUUCUUGGUGCAAAAAAAUUUUUGUAUUGUGGAGUGAAAAAAAAAUUUCUUAGGACCAGAAAUAAAUUAUUGUCGUAAGAAAAAUUUUCUUGGCUCAAAUAAAACUUUUAGCUUUCAAUUCGUAAUGCGAAAAAUUUUUUGAGCCGAGAAAAUAUUUCUUAGGACCAGAAAAAAAUUAUUGUCGUAAACAUUUUUUUCUUGGCUCAAAAAUUUUUUUCUUGACUUGAAAAUUUUUUUCUUGGCUCAAAAAAAUUUUUACUUUCAAUUCGUAAUACAAAAAAUUUUUUGAGCCGAGAAAAUACUUCUUAGGACCAGAAAAAAAUUAUUGUAAGAAAAAUUUUCUUGGCUCAAAAACUUUACGUCUUCAAUUUUGAAUGAAAAAAAUUUUUUAGGACCGGUAGAAAUUUUCUUGGAGUAAGUAAAAAAUUUUUGCACCGAGAAAUCUAUUUUUUCUGUGUAUAGUCGAACUCCAUUAACUCGGAACUUCCCCUGAAUCUUGACCCCCACUUCGAGCUACGCUCCCAUCCGCUGUAUCACUCAUGUGAUGUAAGAGCGCAUGCGUUAAAAUUGACUUUUUAAAAGAGGGGGCAUCCGUUAACUCGAAAAUUUCCGCUCCUCCGUAGACUAAAUGUCCGAGUUAAUGGAGUUCGACUGUACAUAAAUUUAAAAAAAAAAUUGAUAUUUUUAUGCGUUAUAAAAGUUGUCUGUUUUAAGGCUAAACCAUGACUUGGGUAUAGAUUUAACGUUCGUGGAUUUAUUGCAAUGUAAAUUAUCUAAUUGUAUUGUACAUUAAAUUUAUUUAUUUAUUUCACUCUUUUUUUUACAUCGGGGUAAAUAAUAAUAGUAUAUUACACACCUAGAGAGGAAAGUAGGCCAUUUUAACCCGCGUGUAAUUGUCUACUCGAGUCGAAGGUGACGAUGGCGAACACUAAUUUCCUUGGUGUGUAUUAUUUUUCAUUAGAUCUGAACCUGAAAGUUUAAAUUCUUGUUGGCGGGAAGAUGGCGCAUGCGCUAAUUUUCAUCAAUUGAUUUUUCUAAAAAAAAAAACGACUUUCUUCCCACUAAACAGGGCAGAAAUUUAAACUUCCGGCGCAGGUAAACUAGAUCCUGGUGUUUAAGCUCUAAAUUUAAAUGCAGAUUAUAAUAGAGAGAGUGCGGCAUAGAAUAAAAUUUUAUUUAAAAAUUAUUCUGACGAACUUACCCUCAUCUUCAUCUGAAAUCGUCGUUUAAUUUCUUGUCACGCGCUGCACUAUUGAGUAUGAGUAUAAACUUCUUCCAGAGAGAGAAUGAACCUCGAGUCGCCCCCACUACCAAUUAUUUAUAAACUGCGCAUGCGUAAAAAUAAGUGGGGGGAAAGUUUAGUGAGCAGAGCACCCAGAGUGGGAGUAAGAACCGAAGACGACUGAGGUAGACUUUGGUGGGGACGAUUUUCGAACAAAAACAAAAAAAAUCAUGAUUUCUUUUUUUCUUUACUAUAUCCGUAUAUAUUUAACAUCACAUAUAAUUAAAUUAUCGUAAAUAAAAAAAUUAUUUUUUAAAUAUUUUUGAAAACGUUCUUUCUUCGUUUAAUAAUUAGAUAUAAAUAAACUGCCUUAUAUUUAAUAUAUGUACUGUAAUUCGGGUGUAGUCAAUUAUUUUUAUGAUACUGAAGUUAGCAGACGUCAAAUAAUUUUUGGAUUUUAUUUUAGACAGUAAAUUAUAAGAAAAAAAAAAUUUGAAAAAAUUGCACCUGUAGUUUUUUAAAUUCUCUACAAGUGUAUAUUUUUAUUUUUGUUUUUUUUUUUGAUUGAUUUGUUGAAAAAAAAAAUCCAAAGAUUUUUAAUUAUCUGCUAACUUCAGGAUUAUCUUAUUUUUUUAUACUUUUUCAUAACUUAAUUUUUUUUUUUCAACUGAAUAAAAAAAAAUUCAUGGGAACAUGAAAAUUACAUUAAAAAAU